UGUAUAAUGCUGCCUUGGGUACCUAAUGCACCUAACCUAGGCAAAUUUUUAAUUUGUUCAAGGUUUCAGAGUUAUUUCAUUCGUCAUUUCAUUAAUCAUCAACUAUGCGACAACUAAACACAUCGUUACUCGAAUAGUUGAUAUGAGCAUCUAUAUCUAACAUGGAUGACGAUCAAGCAUCGAUAGAGGAUAUUGAGUUGCCACCUGACGAAUAUGCGCGAGCGAACGGAUUGUCGCUCGACUCACAAGUCGACCUUUCUCUCCUAUUCGCUUACUUCCAAAAGCAAACCUCUCAGUAUUUCCCUAUCCUUGAGUUAGACGAGUCCACCGACGACACAUCUCUUCCUCAGCUACACAUUCCCCGCCUCAUACCCCCCAAUGAGCAGCUUAACAUAUCCAAGGAAUCUCUUGAGAUACUGAGAAAGGUCGCUUUGUUAGGACGGGAGGAUGAUCAAGCACCCAGACUCUGUAACCCUGUAGACCUUUCAAGACUGAAAUUAGAGCCACCUUUGCUUCGAAGCGACCCCGACUACGAUUGCCGAGAAUUGGCUCGAUCUAUUCAAGAAUCUAGACGAGCCGAUAUCGAGCCGAGAAGUAUUCCGUCAGAACCUCUCAACAAUUCAUGUGGUGAAGGCCUGGACUUCCCGGAAGCCGCAUACAAAUAUCACCAAAGGCUAGCCAAGGAAAUACAAGAUGACAAGAUAAAUAUCUCGAAAGACGUACUCUAUUACUUAUCCCAUGCACUGAGAGAUGACUGGACACAGAAUGAGUUCCCAGACGGAUUGUCGUAUCGGAGGACUCUUCCAGACCUUGCUAUCACGCCUCCUUUGAGCCCUCUUCCGCAGGACUCGGAGUACUUUAUUCCUGACGAGCAAGUGUUGGAAAUACCCGUAUUAUCAGACCCCAGUACAUUACUUGAGACCGAUUUACACAAGGCCGAAGUUGAGCUGCUAAGAGAUGACAACUCGCCAUCUCUACUAUGCGAGCCCCCAAUUUUAUCCCCUUUAGGAGAAACACCAACGCUCGUGCAACAAGAGCCUAAUAUCAGCUCCUUGAAAAUAGAAGGUCCUCUGACACCAUUGGAUUGCUUAUCUUCACCCCCCAAGCCAGCGGUUGACAUGUCAGACCUCGCAAAGACCGUUGAUAUCGAUCAAGUACUCGACACACAACUGCUAGCUUCACUUGACGGCAAACAAAGGAGUAUUGAAGAUAUUGCCUUUAGUGAUGAUGCUCUAGCUGCGUUAGAGGAAAAGGCGAAAUCCGUGAAGAGAAGCAUUGAGCAAGAGCAGCUGCAGACUACGGAUGCGAUUGCCCGUGUAGAAAUACCUGAAAUGGACUUCUCUAUACCAGGCCCGGACUGGCAACAGAUACCUCUGGAUGCUAUGUCACAGUUGUUAUGGAUAAAGAAGACACACAAGGGAUUCGACGUUUCACCCUGGCCGAAGAAUUCCAAAGCAGAGAAGGAACUUCGCUGGUCUCCGUUUCAAUCUAGAAUGGGUCGUAUAUCUAUGAACGAGUCGAUUGAUGAAGAUGAUAGCGUGAAGGCGCUAUUAGACUCCCUGAACCGUCUCCAGGUAUCGACAAGCGUGGACCACGUCUGGAAGCAGCCGGGCUUCGCGAUCCUUCGGGAAAUAGAAGAGGAUGACGAAGAGCUAGAACUAUCUCCGGUUCACAACGAGAAUGAAGGCGUAAAAGCCAUCGCGAGGAAGAGAAAGCUUGCACCUAGUAACACGGACACGAGCCCCUAUAAUCUUUCAGAUUCGGUGUCGCCAAUAGACUUAAUCAAGAUCUCUAAGGCAACAUCGUCUAUUUUACACCAUUACCCAUACGAUAAACAAGAUCGGCUCCCGAAUCUCCUUCUCGGAUGUGAUGAUACUUCCGCUACGUCCACUUUGCUUUCUAAUUAUGUUGACUUCCACACUUCGAAGCGGCAAAAGAAAAGUAAAAGCUCUUUCUUCCCGACUUCUGCUAGAUCAGUUGUCGACGAGGCUGAACCAAAAGCUCCUUCGGAGGCGGUAGUCACUAGCAAACUGGAGGAGUUGGCCGCACCAGCGUGCACCUUGGAACAGCAAGUAGCUGUUGCGGCCCCUUGCCCAACGCUGGAAUCGGCACUUACGCAGUCAAAAAUAAUUAAAGCGCUGACACUACAACGUGGGAUAUUUUCACGGAUCGAGAAGCUCUACACAAACGCCGAGAUCAUAGAACGGGAUUUCGACCGAUGGAAUACCUUGGCAUGGGACCGUAACUCUAUAUCACGAUCGCCAGUCGUUUCACCGCUUGCCGCCGAGGCCGACUUGAUAGUUUCUCCGGUUACUGGGAUCGUAAUAACCACACUUCUCAAAGCCAUGCAGAAGCCACUCCCGGGCCACAAAGGCUUGUCGGCGGUGCGCGAACGAAUUCGCAACGUCGCGCUUCGUUACGAACAUUUGAUCGUCCUCGUGUCUGAAGGAAACCGAGUUGAUGAGACGGCGCGUGAUCUCACGCCUUCUGAGUGUACCGGCUAUGCUGAUUUCGUUGGUUUUGUAACUGGAUUGGACGCAGACACCCAGACAUGCUAUGUUGGUGGCGGUGACGAUACACUUGCAAAAUGGCUAAUCUCAUUGGCCAUGCGCCAUGCACCCGAGGCAGCUAACGUGCAAGAUAUUAUAAUACAGGACGAGACGCUGUGGGAGUUGUUCUUGCGGCGCGCCGGCAUGAAUGCGUAUGCUGCACAGGCCAUACUCGGGCAAUUGAAAUGUCCGGAUGACGUGCCCGAAAGUGAAGCUGGACAGUAUGGCUUGCCGGCAUUUGUUAGGAUGAUGCCGGCGGAGCGGGUGCAACUAUUCCGAGGACUGAUGGGAGGGGAAAGGGUGCUAAGUCGAGUCAAUGAUGUCUUGGAGGCACGAUGGAGUUGAUUUGACUUGAGAUGUGUCAUAUUUAAGCUAGCCACGUCUUUUCUUUGUGGUUAUGGUUGCUGAUAAUCUGGCUGAUGAAUUAUAAAACAUCUUGUUGGCUACACCUACUGCUUAGCUUUGGCGCAUCUCCUCCUCUAGGUAGUAUACACCUAGUAGCUUUCAUCAAUUCAAACACCGAGACUUGAGAA